UUGGUUGAAUUAGGUCUUACAAACCACUUAAAAAUGAGAGGGUGAAUAGCAUCAAAUUUGUCAACCUCGAAAAUACAAAUCAUACAUAAUUAAAAUUUACUUAACGUAUUAUUUGAUUUGAUAGUAUUAGUCUAGUUCAUAAUAUAUUUUAUUAGGACAUUUAUUUAGCUAUUUGGUUAUUUAAGCAGAAGCAAGUAGUUCAGUGAACUUCACACACUCUCCACUUCACUAUAGAGAAAGCAAUGUCUCCAAACAAAGCUUUCCUCUUUUUAGCUCUUUUGUCCUUUUCUCCACAACUCUUCUUCAUUGUUUCUUCUGCAGCAGAAGAUAAUGGCCUUGUUAUGAAUUACUACAAAGAAGCAUGUCCUCAAGCUGAAGAAAUCAUCAAAGAACAAGUCAAACUUCUCUACAAACGCCACAAAAACACUGCUUUCUCUUGGCUCAGAAACAUUUUCCAUGACUGUGCUGUUCAGAGUUGUGAUGCUUCUUUGUUGCUAACAUCCACAAGAAGAAGCUUGUCUGAGCAAGAACACGACAGAAGCUUUGGUUUGAGGAAUUUUAGGUACAUUGAUACCAUCAAAGAAGCUGUUGAAAGAGAGUGUCCUGGAGUUGUUUCCUGUUCUGAUAUUCUUGUUCUUUCUGCAAGAGAAGGCAUUGUUUCGCUAGGAGGUCCAUAUAUUCCUCUGAAAACAGGAAGAAGGGAUGGUAGAAAGAGUAGAGUUGAUCUGUUGGAGGCAUACCUUCCUGACCACAAUGAGUCCAUUUCUGCUGUUCUUGACAAAUUUGGUGCCAUGGGAAUUGACACUCCUGGAGUUGUUGCUUUGCUUGGAGCACACAGUGUUGGUAGAACCCAUUGUACAAAGUUGGUGCACCGUUUGUACCCCGAAGUUGAUCCAGCUUUGAACCCAGAACACAUUCCACACAUGCUUAAAAAGUGCCCUGAUUCAAUCCCUGACCCUAAGGCAGUGCAGUACGUGAGAAACGACCGUGGCACGCCGAUGAUUCUAGAUAACAACUACUACAGAAAUAUCUUGGACAACAAGGGUCUUUUGAUUGUGGAUCAUCAAUUAGCACAUGACAAGAGGACUAAGCCUUAUGUGAAGAAAAUGGCCAAGAGCCAAGAAUAUUUCUUCAAGGAGUUUUCUAGAGCUAUUACAUUGCUUUCUGAAAACAAUCCUCUUACUGGCACAAAGGGUGAGAUCAGAAAGCAAUGCAGUGUUUCCAACAAGCAGCACCAUGAAGAGCCUUGAAUGAAUUUCAUUUCAUGGUGGAGGAAAUUAAAUGUUGUGUAAGAUAUUAUUAUGCAGAAAUAAAAGUGUUGGUUGGUUUAAGGAGACUGGAACACAAUGCUAGGGUUGAGCCUUGGCAGGUUGUGGUGCUCAUGGGGAUUGGAGAACUUAGAUGCUUUUAAUUUUUAAUCUUCUUUGAGAUGUAACUUUGUCUUUUUUCUUUAUUUAAUUUUAGUAUGCUAGCUCAGUGUUGGGCAUGUUGAUUAUGUAAUAUGGUAUUUCAUGUGAUGUGGUGUGGUCCAUGACAAUGUUUAUGAUAUUCGUGCUCAUCAAAGCUUUGUUCUUUUAUAUA